AUGCCGCAAUUACAAAGAAGGAAUUUAUCAGAGUUAAAUGAAAAUGGAGGUUUCAGAAGAAACAACUCAGAUGGAAAUCUAAAUUCGCCCGAUUCAGAAUCCGAUGAUAAUGUGCUAUCCGCGCAUGAUGAAAUGGAUUUAGGUGAAAAUGAGGAGGACGCUUUACAUUCAGAUCGAAUUGUUGAACAAAGAUAUGAAGAGAAGAGUGACUUAUGUAAUAUUAGCUCGUCUAGAUUGGAACAAGCUGAAGUUAUACUUACUAGCGGUGUGACAAAAGGAGAAGUAGAACAACCGAUGAAUAAUAUGGAGCAGGUACCCUCAGGGAAUGAGAUUAUCAAAAUGUGGAAGCACCCAUAUGCUCUUGAAAUACUGACCGUUUGCAAAAUGAUAAGUGCUUUAUUCAAAUAUUAA